AUGUCGGGGUGGUGUAGCGGGGGAGUCGGUAGGGCCCUGGCUCUCUUGGCGAUGCUGUUUGCCUGGAGAGAGAUGGCGUGCGAAGCGUUGGACGCGAGCUCGGGGGAAUCGGACAGGCCCCCACAGGCAGGGGGCGACCCGUGGGACGUCCUGCACAGAAACAGGCGCAGCUGGGUAUGGAACCAGUUCUUCGUGCUGGAGGAGUACACCGGGAAUGAGCCUCUCUACGUCGGAAAGCUUCACUCGGAUGUGGACAAAGGCGAUGGUAAAGUGAAGUACGUCCUUUCUGGAGAAGGAGCCACGUCCAUCUUCACCAUCGACGAGAACACGGGGGACAUCCACGCCACCAAACGCCUCGACCGAGAAGCUCAGGCCUACUACACCCUGCAGGCCCAAGCCGUGGACCGGAUCACCAACAUCCCCGUGGAGCCCAAGUCCGAGUUUGUGGUCAAAGUGCAGGACAUCAACGAUAAUGAGCCCAAGUUCCUGGAUGGUCCUUAUCUGGCAGGGGUCCCCGAGAUGUCUCCACUGGGAACCAUGGUGGUACAAGUGGCAGCCACAGAUGCGGACGACCCCACCUACGGGAACAGUGCCAGGGUGGUCUACAGCAUCAUUCACGGGCAGCCGUACUUCUCCGUGGAGCCCAAGACGGGUGUGAUCAGAACAGCUCUGCCCAACAUGGACCGUGAGACCAGGGACCAGUACGUGCUGGUGAUCCAGGCCAAAGACAUGGUGGGGCAGAUGGGUGGGCUCUCCGGGACCACCUCGGUCACCGUGACGCUAACAGACGUCAAUGACAACCCGCCGCGCUUCCCUCACAAGAACUACCAGUACACAGUGGCAGAGUCGUUGCCGGUGCAAUCGGUGGUGGCGCGGAUCAAAGCGGCGGACGCGGACAUCGGGUCCAACGCCGAGAUGGACUACAGGAUCAUGGACGGGGACGGGCCUGGACAGUUCAACAUCACCACGGACGAGGACACCCAGGACGGGGUCAUCCUGCUGCUCCGGCCGUUGGACUUUGAAACUAAGAGCAGUUUCUCUCUACGGAUCGAGGCCACCAACCGCCACAUCGACUCCUCCUUCCUGAGCCUGGGCCCGUUCAGUGACACCACGUCGGUGAAGGUGACCGUGGAGGACGUGAACGAGCCCCCGGUCUUCUCCGCCCCCCUCAGCCGCAUGGAGGUGUCAGAAGACGCACGGGUCGGAACCUCCAUCGGGAGAGUUUCUGCGCACGAUCCGGACAACAUCAACAGCGCCAUCAGGUAUUCCAUAGACAGAAACACAGACUUGGAGCGCUUCUUCAACGUGGAUGCCCUCAGCGGAGUCAUCAGCACUGCCAAACCUCUGGACCGGGAGGCCAACUCUGUCCACAACCUCACCAUCUUUGCCAUAGAGAGCCAGGACCCCACGCAGAUCGGUCGCGGCAUCGCUUUGGUCACCGUUCUGGACAUCAACGACAACGCUCCCGUUUUCGCCAUAGACUACGAGACGCUCCUCUGUGAGAACUCCAUGCCCGGACAGGUGAUCCAGACCAUCAGCGCGGUGGACAGGGACGAACCUCUGAUUGGACAUCGCUUCUACUUCUCUUUGGCCGCACCUGUCGCCAGCAACCUCAACUUCACCCUGAGGGACAACAAAGACAACACGGCGUCCAUCUUGACCAAGCGCGGGGGUUUCCGGAGGCGGGAGCAGCCCGUGUACCGUUUGCCCGUGCUCAUCGUGGACAGCGGGACCCCGGCUCUGAGCAGCACCAACACCCUGUCCGUGCGAGUGUGCGAGUGCGAUUCCGACGGGGUGGCCCUGUCCUGCGGGGCCAUCGCCUACACCGCCACCGGCCUCAGCACCGGAGCGCUCAUGGCGAUUCUGGGCUGCAUCAUCACGCUGCUGGUGAUGGUUCUUCUGAUCGUGAUGAUGCGUCGCCGUCGGAAGGAGCCUCUGAUCCUGGACGAGGAGCGCGACAUCCGCGAGAACAUCGUCCGCUACGACGACGAGGGCGGCGGCGAGGAAGACACCGAGGCCUUCGACAUGGUCACCCUACGCAACCUCAACGUGAUGAGGGACCCCAGCGUACGCCGCGACGUCACCCCGGACACGCCCACCUUUUUCCACUACCAGCCCGCCGCCGCCCGCCCCUCCUACAAAACCCUCCCGGACAACGUGGUCUUCCGGGAGUUCAUCUGGGACCGCCUUAAGGAUGCCGACGUUGACCCAUCCGCCCCUCCGUAUGACUCCUUGCAGACGUACGCGUUCGAAGGUAGUGGUUCGGUGGCGGAAUCGUUAAGUUCUCUGGAGUCACUAAGUACGGACUCGGAUCAGAACUAUGAUUAUCUUAGCAACUGGGGACCUCGCUUCAAAAAGCUCGCUGACCUUUACGGCAACAGCGAUGGGGCGAGUAUUUUCUCAUAG